AUGCCAGCAGAGCUUGUACCGCUGCGCCGCAUCAAAUGCACGUAUCCAGACUGCUUCGAAUCGUUCGACACCGAGAAGCAGAUGAAGAACCACAAGAAAAACUCGGACGAGCAUGAGUACUGCACCAAGUGCGACGAGGACUUUGAGGACUUUGAAGCGUUCGCAUUCCAUAAGAUCCUCGCGCCACUUAAGCACGACAAAGCUUGUCGAAUUUGUGGAGAUGAGUUCAAGUCAAUUUCUGGACAUAGACGUCACGUUGAGAUGAAUCACAAGAUCAACCAGAGGCUGACCUGCAUUGGCUGCCAUGAGACGUUUCCCUGCGCUUUCCUCCUCAUCGAACACCUGGAGUUUGGACACUGCAACGUCAUAUCUCAAGCCCAGUUCCAAGGCCAUGUGAUACACAAGCAUCUCAUCACUGAGUAUCUCAAAGGUGGCGAGGCCUUGGUGCGCUUCGAACAGAAGCAGGCCAAAUUUGAAGCCGCAAUUGACUGUGACGAGCAAGAGGGUGGAGUUAGUCUUGGAGACCAGAUCUUCGACGACGAGGAGAUUGAAGACGUCAAGUUCCAAGCUAUCAAGCCUGAUACUCCACCAGACACACCUGUCCAUCUCGGCACAUACCCGCCUCUGCCGUCCCAGAUGAACAGCGUUGGCCCAACCAAGUCCGACAUAUCUUCCUUGCUUGACCAACUGUCUAUGACUGCGGACUUGGAGGCCUCUGCUACGGUCGUCAACUCACCCGUUGGCUUAUCUACUGCGGCCACAUUCCCCGUAGGUUCGUCACAGGGCAGCUCAUCUCGUCAAGUCUCCUCGGCGGCUGCAUCAAAGAACCUUCAGUCCAAAGUCUGGAGCUCCCGAGACGGCAAGUCGGCCAGCAGUGCGCUCUUCCCUGGCGCCAAGCCCACUCCCGUCACUGAGGAUUUCAGCAUUGUCGCCCACGAUGAAAAUAUGAAGCAAGAGCACGGUGCUAACAUCAUGCGAACCCGUUUCUGGGAUCCGGACAGCAGCGAUUGGACGCCCGAUCGCUUCUUCGAUGUUGCCAUCAGCCAGUACUACUGUCCCUUUGUCUGCGAACAGACCUUCGCCGACGCCGGAGAGCAGAGGAGACACAUCAUGGAAGACCACCGCAUCACCCGCAUGAAGUGUCCCAUGUGUCUCAAGUACUUCAAGUCCGCCACCGCUCUGAUGGCUCACUGCGAGUCGCGCGGCGCUAGGUGCGAGAUCAACAAGGCGGACGACUUCAGCAUCUUCCUCGACCGCAUCUCUGGUGGCUUCUUGGGCGUGCAGGAGAAGACCCGCCCUGACCAUCUCAACAACCCUAGCACCCUGCUGCACAACGAGGAGACUGGUCGCAUGGAGCAUUAUAGGCCGCCGGUUGCCAACUAUUUGCAGUACUCGGUCACUAAGCCUCCGGACUGGAAGGAGCCUGUGCGAAGCACUGUCAUCGGUGGUGUUGCGAUGCAGCCGCGCGUGAGGUGGUAG